AUGAUGCAUUCUGUAGAUGCCAUUUGUUAUGAGACCUAUCAGGAGACAGCAGAAUGGUUGCUAUCAAGGAUCAAACAUCAACCAAAGGUUGCGAUAAUCUGCGGCUCUGGGCUGGGAAUGCUUGCUCAGACACUCACUAAUCACGAGACCUUCAAAUACGCUGAUAUUCCCAACUUCCCGAAAAGCACAGUGAAAGGACACGCGAGCCAACUUGUAUUUGGAGAGCUGAAGGGGAAGACUUGUGUCUGCAUGCAAGGGCGUUUCCAUAUGUAUGAAGGAUACCCACUUACAAAGGUGACUUUCCCAGUCCGUGUGUUCCAACUACUGGGUGUGGAAGUUCUGAUUGUGACCAACGCCGCUGGAUCACUCACAGAUGGCUACAGCACCGGAGACCUCAUGAUCAUCAAGGACCACAUUAAUAUGCCAGGCCUGGCAGGGCAACAUCCUCUCCAAGGCCCCAAUGAUGAGCGGUUUGGAUGCCGCUUUCCCCCCAUGUCCGAUGCGUACGACAGAGCUCUGGGCAAGCUGGCUCUGGACAUAAGCUCUGAGCUGAACUGCAGAAACAUCAUGCACGAAGGCGUUUACUGCAUGGUCGGAGGCCCCAGCUUCGAGACAAUUGCUGAGGCACACCUUCUUCACAGGCUUGGAGCUGAUGCUGUGGGAAUGAGCACCGUUCCCGAGGUCACCGUGGCGAGACACUGUGGCCUGCGAGUGUUCGGACUCUCUCUGAUCACCAACAAUGUGACAAGGGAGUAUAACAGCGACGAAGUGGUGGACCAUGAAGAUGUCCUGAGUAUCAGCAAGAUGAGGGCAGGCGUGGUGCAGAGCCUCAUAAUGGAGCUGGUGGGUCGCCUGGAGCUGACAUCCACUAGAAUGCAGACCAUACAAGACAGAACAUAG